CGACAACAGGUUCGUGCCGGAGGCUGCAGACGGUUUGAUGCGGAAAAUCUGGACAGAAAGUCAAAGAGAAUCAGAAGAGGAGCUGAUGAGAGGUGCCAAAACCACCUGAUGCUUCAGCCUAAUCUGGUCACCUGGGACUGAACACACACACACACACACACACACACACGGACCAACAUGGCGUCAGACCUGCCCGUCUUGACAGAGCAGGAGGAGCUGCAGAGGAGAGCCAAUCAGGUCACAGAUGAGUCCCUGGAGAGCACGAGGCGGAUGAUGCAGCUGGUUGAGGAGAGUAAAGACGCUGGGAUCAGAGCUUUGGUUAUGCUGGAUGAACAAGGAGAGCAGCUGGAGCGUAUAGAGGAGGGUUUGGAUCAGAUCAACUCGGAUAUGAAGGAGGCCGAGAAAAACCUGACUGAUCUGGGCAAGUGCUGUGGCCUCUGCUCCUGUGAUAAACUGAAGGCCUUUGAAGAGAGCGGGGCGUACAAGGCGGUUUGGGGCGGAGCCUCCGGCCAGGACGGCGUUGUUUCUGAUCAGCCGCCGUCGUCUCGUGUCGUCGAUGAGAGGGAGAUAAUGAUCAUGAGCGGAGGACACAUACGCAGGGUGACUAACGACGCCCGAGAGGACGAGAUGGAGGAGAACCUGGCUCACGUCGGCAGCAUCAUAGGGAACCUGAAGAGCAUGGCCCUGGACAUGGGAAACGAGAUAGACACGCAGAACGUCCAGAUCGAACGCAUCCAGGGCAAGGCUAUUCUCAACGUGUCGCGCAUCGACGCUGCCAACCAGAAAGCCAACAACCUAAUGAAACGAUAGAAGGAGCGCUCUCCCGUUUCAGCCGUUUCUACUUCAUCCCACUUGCAAUUACUGUGCUUUGCCUGUUGUGCCAAAAGUGUUGCUGCAAUUACUCUCUCCUUUACGUAGGACACUAUUUAAGUGGUGUUUUCAUCAUGAAAACUUCCUCUAAUGUCAUUGCUCUGAUAGUCGUAUAGGGACGAUGUGUCCACGAGUGUCCGUAGUGAGGUUAUAGUGACCUAUGAGGUGUUCAUUGUCUCUUAUCUUGUGUUGUAGUAGUCCUAUUUACUCUCAUAACCAUCUGAUAGCGAGUUACACUUUUGCUCUGGUACUGAUAUGACAUAACCCUCCUGAAAUGUGUCAUAGGAUUAUUAGAACUCCACUUCUGUGGGGAUUUCACAGCAAGGCCUUUGUCACUUUGCAUUUCACACUGCGUAUUUCCCCUCAAGGUGGCCUCUGUGAGCACAGAGAGCUUUAAUGAUCCCUGUGGGGAAACUGGGUCACUGCAGCAGCAGCAGCACCACCAGCAGCAGCAGAGAGCACAUUCACACAAACAUAUAAAUCCAGAAAUUAUUUCACAAAAGAUGAACAUGUGGAGAGCAACACGGUGAGGAGCGGCUCUGUGGCCCCGGGGCGUGCAUCUUCAGCCAGGAAGUGGCCUUUCUCCACUACCGGACUACAGGAAAAACAGAAUAACCUUAUGUGGAGAAUAGCCUAUAUGAGCAAAUUCCUAAAGAGAAUAAAAUACAUACACAACUACCAGCAACCAGUUUAUUUCCCAAUGUAAACAUCAGUGUAUAACACCCCCCCUUCUAGUCUGAAAUGUUCCAUAGAGUGAAACACGUGCAUGAUGGCGCCCUCUGCAGGCCAAACGGGGUAUCGCUCACAAGAAGGAAACACGUAUUUGUCCCCGGAGGAGGAUCUCUGGCGACACUAAGCGGACAAGCAUGGAACCUGCUCCUCCUGGCCUCUCCAUCUUCUUCCCUCCCCCGUGUUAAUAGAAAAUGGUGGUGGCAUUUUCUGAUCUCAUUCCCUCAUUUGAAGGAGAAUCUGAACUCAUCAAGGUUUUUGCGCUCACUGUCAAAAACCCACAUGAAUCACAUUUGUUGAAAAUGAAACGGAAUUAUUUUGUUGUUUGUGUGUGUGUGUGUGUUUUUCGUAAUAGCCACUUACAUAACGUUUUGGUUCAUGAAAUAGACGCGUCGGUUCCCUGCUGUUAUUGUCCACAGACAGUCUUGACCUUCAUUGUGGUGUGAAGUAAUGUUGGAAUUCACAUCUUACGGUUCGUGUUUAAUGGUUUUUCGUAGCAUAAUGAACUCGUGACCUUUGCUGAGCUGAACAGGCCAUGGUGUCACACAGCAGGUUAAAGACAACUAGUGGGACCAGGGCAGAGUGGGACAGCUGGAGAGCAUGUUUAUUUGUGUUUGUCGUGAUUUAAUGCUGAAAUA